UCUUCAAGAAGCAAAGAGACAAAUACCAGCCAUACAAAAAAAACAAAAAACCAUUCCUGAAAUCUCAGACUAGGAUUCAGUUUUCCCAUAAUGUCUCUGUAUAUUCACGUGCUGGCCUGCGCCUUUGGCCUUGGCUCUUGGGUGGCCGUUAAUGGAAUGUGGGUGGAGCUGCCACUAAUUGUCAACGUUCUACCAGAAGGAUGGGACUUACCUUCGUACCUUACAGUCAUCAUCCAGCUGGCCAAUAUCGGCCCUAUCCUAGUUACCCUUGUGCAUAAACUAUAUCCGGGUCGACUACGUGAGAAUCUGGUGAUCUGUGCAGUGCUGAUGAUUGGUAUAUUAGCAUGCAUCCUCCUGACAGUGUUCUGGAAGAAGACAACAGUGUUUUUGGGUCAACCGAGAAGCACUGCAUUCUUUAUUAUAACAUUCUUUCUGUCUCUGGUGGACUGCACAUCCUCUGUCACCUUCCUGCCUUUCAUGAUGCAGCUCCCAAACAAAUACAUUACAACGUAUUUCAUUGGUGAAGGAUUAAGUGGGUUUUUGCCUGGGCUGGUAGCUCUGGCUCAAGGGGUUGGCAUGACCAAAUGUGUUGAUGUCUCCCAAACAUCAGGGAACCUCUCAAACCCUGGCCAUGAGAACUUCACACUGGAAGCUCAGUACCUUCCUCCUAACUUCUCCACAGAGAUCUUCUUCUCUUUUCUGGUGGUCAUGAUGGUGAUAAGUCUUGGUGCUUUUGGCUUGCUUAACCAUGUCCCUCGGUCUUUAACACGUUCCACUGAAGAUCUGGUGUCUGAACCAGGUACUGUGGUAAUGGUUAGUGGCGGUCUGGAAAACCAGGCAGCAAACAAUUCAGGGAAGAACAGCCAGGAAAGGGACACUGGAGACCAGCCCAAGCCUUUGAUAGUGAAGUCAUACUAUUCCAGAUAUGAGCUUGCCUUCAUCUACUGCAUGGUGGUGUGCGUGAAUUGUGCAACCAAUGGACUACUGCCAUCAGUACAGACGUUCUCGUGCAUGCCCUAUGGGAAUAUGGUCUAUCACCUCUCAGCUUCUCUGUCAUCACUUGCUAAUCCACUGGCCUGCCUUAUUGCCAUGUUUGCUCCCAAACGCUCGCUGGUGUUGCUGGGUAUUCUGUGCUUGCUGGGUACUGGUUUUGGUGGAUACAACAUGGCUAUGGCAGUCAUGAGUCCUUGUCCAAUUUUGCAAGACUCACCACUAGGAAAAAUUCUAAUUGUCUUGUCAUGGAUUCUCUUCACUGGCCUGUUGUCCUACGUAAAGGUGAUGGUGGGAGUCAUUCUAAGGGACCAGAGCCACAUUGCCCUGGUGUGGUGUGGAGCGGCAGUACAGGCCGGAUCUCUAUUAGGAUCAUUCAUUAUGUUUCCCCUGGUCAGCAUUUAUCAUCUGUUUAAGUCAGGGGAUAUCUGCAACAACAAGUGCACAUCAUUCUGAUCCUUUCCUGUGUGCAUAAGGAACAUGAUGUGAUAUAGAAAACGGAUGAUUAUGAAUGAAUGAUGAAUUAUAACAAUGUAAUAAUACGAAUACAAGAUACAUUAGACUGUGUACACUCCAACUGUAGGGUGACAUUAAUACAUGAUUGACACAGUACAGAAAUCCUGUACUUGAGUAGAAGUAGGACCAUCCUUUGUGGUCUAUUUAAUUUUUGCACUUGCUUUUAGAUAUGUAUUAUUUCAUUGAUCUUCAGUAACAGCUUAGUCAAGAUAAUCAUGGGAACAGUGGGCACAAGGCAGAAACACACCCUGGAUGGAACUCUAGUGAAUUUAUGAAAGCAAAUAAUUUAAAGUUAGAAAAAAAUACAUUUCAUAGUUAACUCAGUUUGUUAAGAUUUAACACAACAAAACACAUUAAAUGUUAGAUUUCAUUUUUUAAAAAUGUUUUUUUCCUUAUAGAUAUUUUAUAAUAUGUUCUUUAAAAUAUACCACUGGUUUGUAGUGAUGUAUUUACACUAAUGUAUUAUAUUGAAUGAGACUUCACAGGCUUUGUUGAUAAAAGUACCUUAUAUUGACCAUUUUAAAUUUUUAAAUGAAAGGCCCCUUGAUCAAAUCAACACUUAAAUAGAACUUUUUCAACAGCAUGAAGUUGGGUAAACGGUCUUACCCAGAAACACACAGAAACGAUGAGGAAGAAGGUGAUUGAAAUACAUCAGUCUGGGAAGAGUUACAAAGCUGUUUCAAAGGCUCUGGGACUCCAAAGAACCACAGUGAGAGUCAGUAUCUCCAAAUGGAAAAACUCGGAACAGUAAUGAACCUUCCCAGAAGUGUCGGACCUUCCAAAAUUCCAACAAGAGCACAGCAACUACUCAUCCAGGAAGUCAUAAAAGAGCCAAGGACAAGCUCAAAGGACCUAUAGGCAUCUCUUGCAUCAGUAAAGGUCACUGUUCAUGACUCCACUAUCAGAAAGACAGUGGGCAAAAAUGAAAUCCAUGGAAGAGUGGUGAGGUGAAAACCACUGCUAACCCAGAAGAACAUUAAGGCUCGUCUGAAUUUUAGCCAAAACACACCUUGAUGAUCCACAAAAAGAGGAUCAUACCUACAGUCAAGCAUGGUGGUGGAGGUGUGAUGGUGUGGGGAUGCUUUGCUGCUUCAGGGCCUGGCAACUUAAAUAAUUGAGGGAAAUUGUACUCUCUACCAGAAAAUCCUAAGACCUGUCUUGUCUUCAGUCCAUAAAAUAAUGAUCCAAAGCAUAGGAGUAAAUCCUAGUCCUAGAAAUAAGUGAAAGACUGAUUUACAGUUAUCGGAAGCGUUUGGUUGCAAUUAUUGCUGCUAAAGGUGACACAACCAGAUUUUAAGUUUAAGGGGGCAAUUAGUUUUUCAGAUCGGUGAUAGGUGUUGGAUAACUUUUUUUUUUCUUCAAUAGAAAAAUAAAAUAAAUAAAAACUGUAUUGUGUGUUUACUCAGGUUGCCUUUGUUUUAUGUUUUGUUAUAUUUUGUUUGAAGAUCUAACUAUUUAGUAUGAGAUAUACAGAAGAAAUUACAGCAUUGUAUGUAUAUGUUUGUGUUUUCAUAUUGGUAGGUUUUAAGAAUAGAAUCAGAUUUUUUUUGCUUAAUAUUCUGUUUUUUUAUUUAUUAUUAUUAUUAUUAUUAUUUUUAUUGUUUCAUAGUAUGCCUGCAGUAGCAUGUAACGAAAAAAGAGCUAAAGCUAGAAUGUACAUGACUUAGCGACAGAACACUGCUCACACACCUCUACUUAAAAAUGCAAAUACAGAUAAACUUGCAAUAAUAAUUGCAGAAAGUUUUAAAUGAUUCAUAAAGCCACAACAUGUCAGUUACUGAUGUACAGACUUCAGAAUUUCCAUGUGAUUAACUUUGCUGCUAAGGUAGCCAUUUAAGUGCCUGAUUAAUUUCCUGACUGGAUAUAGGCCUCAUGUGUGCAAAGAAGCCUUCUUCAUCAGAGGUGCUGGAGUCGUCACCACCACCACCAUCAUCAUCAUCAUCAUCAUCAAACCACUGCUGCAAGAGCUCAUUUUCCAUACGGCCUUUGAUGUAGUCCUGACCUGAAAUGGAACUUUCCCUUAGGCUCCAAGAAUCAUUUGAAACCUUUUGCAGGGUUUCAAGCAGAACCUCUUUAGGACGCGAAGAACCCUUAACUAUCCAAAGCACCCUUGAAAAACCCGUUUUUAAAAAAAAAAUUUUUUUUUUACUAAGAGUAACUUGAGACCUGUGGCUGA